AUGUCCAAGGAUGUCGAAGAGACGAUUGUGAAGACGUCGAAUGUCAGAAUUGUGGGCGCAGUGGCUGGAAUGGGUUCAGGCAUGUCUCACAAAGGUCGCAGUUGGACAUGGGGACCCCUUGCACUGUACAAAGGAGCGACGCCUCCUGCUGUCGGAUGGGCCGCCAUUGAUUCAGUACUGCUCGGCUCACUCCACAACUAUCGACUACACCUACGACAGUACCGAAUUUUCAAUGAGCCUUCGACAUCUUCUAGCUCUCUGACUCGGUUGACCAUACUCGGACACGGACUCGCAGGACUUGGUGCAGGCUUGACGAGCGCAUUCGUUGCGACUCCUAUCGAACUUUUAAAAGUCAAACUUCAGUUACAGCAACAAGCACUUAAAGCGGAUCGACAAUUUAAAGGACCGAUAGAUUGUGCCAAACAAGUUCUUCGGGCUCAGGGACUCAGAGGCUUAUACCGAGGAUUGGCGGGAAGCUUGGCCUUUCGAGCCAAUUUUUUCUGGAUGUUUAUGAGCAUAGAGGCCAUGAUGCGAGAAGUUGGCAGACUUGAAGGCACGGGUUUCGCAAUGACAGAAGGAACUGCCAACUUUAUAUGCGGAGGAUUGGGGAGCUUUGCAUUUUGGUUUAUGGCCAUUCCGGCAGACAAUGUGAAAAAUCGUGUAUUUGGAGCACCUCUUGAUACAAAGGCGUCUGUUCGAGGUGUCAUUCGGGAAAUUUACUCGACGGCGGGCGUACGCGGUUUUUAUCGUGGCCUGGCACCGUCAAUCUUGCGUGCUUUCCCAUCGAAUGCGUGUGCCUAUUAUGUAUACGAGGGUGUCCUACGACUCCUCGGAGCAGAAAAGCCACCAUUAUCAAACGGUUCGUCUGAGAAUUAUUGGAUAAGAAUGUUGAGACGAGGAUGGAUCGAUAGACUGGAAGCCGCCACCUCUCGGCUCGAGGACAUUGCAGUGGCACAGUCUGGCGGCGCUAUUUCAUUCCCAGAGGCGAAAUCCGCGCGACCAGCGUCUACUACACUCCCUCCUCGUGCACAAUCUCCACCGCCCGGACAAGCACCUGCGCCGACCAAGCAAGGCAGCCUUUCAGAGUCUGCACCCGACGCCGUGCCUGCAUCCGUCGCUGCGUACGAUGAACGUAUCAUCAAGGGAAAGCUCGCGACGUUUGUCGAACGGACAAAGGCACUCGGAGAGCCCAAACUCGACGAUCAGGCACAACUCGUCGUUAGAAUCUUUGAGAACUCACGCGCGGUUCUCCUUUGCGCGUCUGCGUGCAUGAAGCCGUCUGAUGCAGAGUUUGCGACCAUAACCCAGCCAUUGCAUACGGAUGUGGGUGCUAUUAAGCAGAUUCAGGAGAAGAACAGGGAUAGGAACUGGAGUUUGCAUCUGCAGACAGUCGCCGACGGCGCACCGUCUGUUGGGUGGCUUCUUCUGCCUUCAAACCCCGUCGGUCAUAUUCAAGUUCAAAAGGAGGCUGCCGAGUUUUAUGGUAAUCGCGUAAUCAAGGAAUAUAAAGAAAAGAACACUGCACAUGUGGACUGGGUCAGGUCUUAUUUUGGCCUUAUCGACGAACUAGGGAAAUACGUCGGCGAAUACUACAAGAUGGGCCUCACCUGGAAUCCCAAGGGAGGGAAAGCCGGAGACUUUAGUCUUGCCUCGGCCUCGGGGAGCGCAAAGACGGGCUCGUCUGCUCCUCCGCCUCCGCCCCCUCCUCCGCCGCCACCGAUAAUUGUUGAGACUCCAUCUGCCACUCCAUCGCUCUCUGGGACGGCCGCGGUAUUCGCCCAGCUUAAUCAGGGAAUGGACAUCACAAAGGGCCUUCGAAAGGUUGACAAGUCGGAAAUGACGCACAAGAAUCCAUCUUUGCGUACAUCUGGCUCUGUGCCUGCUCGCGCGCCCUCUCCUAGUCCGACCUCCAAGCAUCCGCCUAAGCCGAAGAAGCCAGCCUCUCUGCAAGCAAAGAAACCGUCGAAGCUCGAAUUACAGGGAACUAAAUGGAUUAUCGAGCAUCAGGAAAAUAAUUCCUCGAUCGUCCUUGAUAACACCUCUAUCAGUCACAUCGUAACUCUCUACGGAUGCAAAAACACGGUCGUACAGGUCAAAGGCAAAGUGAACGGGGUUACUAUGUCCAACUGCCAAAAGACGUCAAUCGUGGUCGACUCGGUCGUUUCUGUCAUCUCGAUUACCAACUCUCAAUCCUUCCAACUGCAGAUCACUGGCGUAGCUCCGACCAUCCAAAUUGAGACAACAGACUCUGGACAAGUCUAUCUGUCUGAAGAGAGCAAGGCGGCAGAGAUUAUCACUGCCAAGUGCAGUGCCAUCAAUAUUAGCAUUCCGGGUGGACCUGAUGGAGAUUAUGUGGAGAAGCCAAUACCGGAGAUGCUGCGGACGGUCAUCCAGGAUGGCAAGCUCGUGACGUCGAUUGCAGCUGUUCCAGACGCUGGAAUGAGCAAGCAAGAGAUUUUAAGUUGGACACAACGCGUGGAAAACGAUGAAGAGGACGAUCAGCUGCCCGUAGAGUUUGAUUGGACAAGGUUGGAGGAUGAUUGGAGCGGCUUUAUGCUCUUUGCUCAGCAACAGUUGCUCAACUCGAGUACAAAGCUUCGGACGGGAUUCAUCAAUGGAAGAUUGAUUCCAUUGGCGGCACGCGCUGAUUUUAGUAUGUCUCAGACAAUGGAUAUGUUCAAACUCGUCAUCGUUACUCUGCCACGAUAUAUCGAUGCUCCCUCGCGACUCGCUGCACUAAAGAUGGCUGAAACGAUGGUUCGACGAGACGAAUUACGUGGGAAACCUGAAGGAGAAGCUGAUGUGAGCAAAAUGGGCGUGAGUGAGCAAAUUAUUGGGUGGCUCAACGUCGAGGCGACACGGAUGAGUAAAUCAUCUGGUGCUAUCGCAUCCUCUCAUGUAGCCGUCCUUCAUACUUGGACGUGUCAUCUCUACACGAUCAUGGUGGAAUUGGAUGAACACUUUACGAAGUCUCCAGCGUGGACAAAACUUGUCACUGCCAUGGCACUCUUACUUGACCUUCUCUUGGAUACGCAAGUCACGACCAAGGAACCGUUGAGGAAGAGUGCUGUUGUGCAACAGAGACGAGCGAUUAGAUCUUCUCCAGAGCACAUCAAGCCCCUCGUAGCUGCCUGCACAGUGUCCACUGGAAGUACGCCAAGUGAUAUACGCAACGCACCGCUCAUAGGGACGGCCUACGAUGUCACCCUGCAUUUGAAAGACUCGGAAAAACGUCAGCAACUCCUUGGGGAUCUCAAGACACCUUUUCUCCAAUUUUACAUUGGAUCCAUCCUAUCCUCCAAAACCGCACCUCCGACUCAAUCUCUGAAUGCCUUCGUGAGCUUCAUCGGAGAUGGAGUCGACCCGGGUAUUUUCUCCACUCAGUUGAUGCCUGUCAUCGAAAAGAUGCUUCUACGCUCGCCAGAGGUGUGCUUACCGACGAUCACGAGCCUCUUCCAACAUUAUAAACUCCGCAUAUCCUCGGAUGAAUUCAAGCGCCUGCUAACAUCGAUUCUGAAUUGCUCAAAAUCCAGCAACCCUCUCAUCCGAACGGGGGCAGUCCAGUUAUGGAGGGCACUCAUAUCUAGAGAUGUCGAAAGCUCUGAUCUGAAAUAUGCCCUGGACAUCAUUUCUGCUCCCGUCAAGACUGGCAAGUCGAAUGGCGUGGAUCACCGCCAGGCUUUGUACUCGAUGAUUCCCAAUAUUCCAAGCCGUGAUGAUCUAUGCGUUGACGUUGCUGGGACCACAUUCGCACUGUGGGAGAAAGAGACGAGCGAGGUUGCUAUCUCCACACUCGCUGAGGCAUCCUCGAGCCACCUGGCGGACCUUCUACGACGUGGUACUGCUUUGGGUGACAAAACAGAGUCAAUCAUAGUCAAAGAAGCUGCUUCGGUCAAACCGGCACAGCGUAGAGCAAUGCUCACUCUCAUCGGAGAAGCAUUCUGGGCUCUUCAUACGGGCGGAGACUCUCAGUCAGAAAGUGCGAGUGCGCUUCUCAAGAAGCUGGAAUCAGGCCUCCUCAAGCUGCUAAAGGACGCGUCGAUAUCAACUGUUGUGCAGGGAGUGGUCGACCAUUGGAUUGCACUCCUUCUCGUACUCCGCCAAACGGGUAGCUCCACUCAUUCCUCCACGUUACUCCAAGGUAUCCUGUUUCCUUCCGGGAAGCCAUCUUUCCUAUACUCGGAGAAGAAUUAUCAGAAGGUCGACGAUCCGAAAGAGGCAAUAUGGCUACUUCGAGUUCUUGAUACCUUGACUACGCAUUCUGAUGAUCUUGUCCGUCAGGAGAAGGCAAGUCUUUAUUUUGGCCAAACCCUGCUAUGGCUGGCAGUCGAUCACCCAUCUCCAACAAUUCGUCGCGAGACUUUAUCAACGCUCAAGCGUCUUUCAGCCGCCAUUCCGGUGCCUAUUAGCAACGCCAUCAACCUGGCCAGCAACAAUCUACUGUUCGGGGACAGCAAGCAGGCCAAAGAGGAGGAAUCGUCUCCUCAUCGCUCCUUGAGACUAUCAGCUGCUCUGCUGAGCUCUGCAAAUCUUGCCAAUCAGGUGGAGGAAGUGAAGGAAAAGCUGAUUGUUGACCUGUUUCUUGUAUCGCAUCACCCUGUGCUAUCGCGAGCAGGAGAAGCUUUGUGGAUCGAACUGGCGCAACAUGCGCAACUUGAUCCUCAUUUAGUGGUCACGAGACACCUGGAUGCACUCAAGUCAACGGUAGAUGAGGGUCUGGCUUUUGCAGAGGGCAAGCAUCGAGAUUCAGCGUUGCGUGCUUUGGGUACACUGACCCUUGUCGCACCGGUGGAAACGCUACCCAUCUACAUAGAGCGGGCCAACCAACUAUUGGACCCAACACCAUUGCACUCGUUAGGAGAAUUUGAGCUCGGUGUUUGGGCAACGCCUGCUGGCACAGCGUUUCUUGAUGUUCUCGCGAAUAAGAAGGGAGGGAGUACUGUCGAGAAAGGGAAGGAUGCGAAAAUCAAACAAUGGGAGGAUGAAGUUCGCAAAUCACUGGCUCAAAAGAAGGCGGCUGCGCCCACGCUCUCCAAACAAGAAAAGGCUCUUGUCGAUGCCCAGCUCGAGAAAGAGGAGGCCGUCAGAGCGAGGCUAAAGUCCAUCCAAAAGAACAUCAAGGACGGUCUGUCCAUCAUCAAGGCCAUUCUCGCUUCGCGAACGGAGCAAUCAGAAAUGUCACUACACAUACUGGCGUCUCUCCUCAUGAGAGGAGUAGUACAGCUGGGAGCACCCCUUGUAGAAGCAGAGGCAAUUCAAACAUAUCUGGAAAUCUUUGAUUUUGCGUCGGAUCGUCUGGAUACGCUCCGUAUCUGGGUGGGUGUGGCCAACUUACGUGCUAACGAUGUGGAGCACAUUCCCGAACGCUACACUGGAGAACCACUGAAUUCUCUCGUUGGACGACUACUCUACCGUAUCAAAUCACUAUCGGAACAGACGCCGUUUGAUGGAGUUACAUUCUCGCUGUUCUGGCCUACGCUUCACAGAAUCGUUGAGAAAGGUGGAGUCUCCGUCGAGACGGAGGACGAUGCCGUAGAACAAAUGCUACUGAGCUUGGAGAUUAUCCGAGCCCAUUCUUCCCAGUUCUCCGACCCUCUCUAUCCGCGGCAAUCUAUUUGUGAAACUCUCGUUCACCUCAUUGCGAAUCAACCAAAGGUAUCAAGAGAUGCCGUAUCUGGUCUCCUCGAGGCCACAGAGGCAAUGCGGGACUCUGCGACGGAGACAGAGAAGGAUCAGCUUGUCCAGAGUACAUUGAGCCAGGAAGUGUUCGUACGUAAUGCAUGCUUACAGGCUUUGCAGUCCUUCGAUUUCACCGAGCGCGAUUGGAUCCCAGCCAUCUGGCUUGCGUGCCACGACGAGGACGAUCAAAAUGCAAAUUUGGCGCGUCAGCUCUGGGUGGAAAAUGGUUUAGACGUGCCUGAGGAUUUCCUAUCUCCUCUUCUCUCAUAUCUCAGUCAUACGAAUAGCUACGUUCGACGUAGUAGCGCAGCAUCAUUCACAGAAUCUCUGGAAAGCUGGCCAACAUCCAGUUCUGGAGCCGUACUUGCACUGCAAGACUAUUAUCGAGAAAAGGCCAAGCUUCUAGUUCCUGAAUACGAUCAAUUUGGUAUGGUGAUUCCCGAGACUCUUGAUCGCAAGGAUCCUUGGGAGGCACGCCUCGCGGUGGCAGAUGCCUUUCAUCACAUGGCAGAAUCCAUACCGGAGACCGACGUCGAAUCACUAUUUAAAUUCUUCAUCGAAGACGAAGCGUUGGGAGACAGGCAUGGCGACGUCCGACGGCGCAUGCUUGAAGCUGGAAUGGCUGUAAUCCAGCUACAUGGAAAGUCAAGAUUACCUGGUUUGAUAUCCAUAUUCGAAACCCACCUCGGAUCGUCAAAGCCAACAGCUACAGAUACAGGAGAUCACAUUCGACAAGCCGUCGUCAUCCUACUUGGAGGACUGGCGCAACAUCUUGAAAAGACCGACCCACGAGUCAAAGAGGUUGUCAAUAGGCUUAUCGAGGCAUUAAAGACCCCCAGCGAAGUCGUUCAAGAAUCAGUCGCGGACUGCUUGACACCUCUCGCCCCGCUCGUUGAGGAUGAAGCCAGUGAUCUUAUCGAUCGACUGUACGCGGAACUGACUACAAGCCCUAAAUAUGCUUCUCGGCGUGGGGCAGCCUAUGGCAUUGCCGGUAUCAUUCGUGGUAUCGGAAUUGUUGGCAUCCAACGAUUCAACAUCAUUCGUCGUCUCCGAGACGCUGCUGCGGAUAAGAAGAGCUACGAAGCUCGCCAAGGAGCAUCCUUUGCCCUUGAAACUCUGGCGCGAAUUCUUGGACGCGGCUUUGAGCCGUACGUCGUUCAGCUCCUUCCCCUCAUCCUCACAUCAUUUGGAGAUGCAAACCCGGAGGUUAGAGAGGCAACAAUUGAUGCCUCGAAGGUGAUAAUGGGUAAACUUUCGGGGUAUGGUGUGAAACAGAUCAUGCCCAAGGUGAUGGAAGGGUUGGAGGAGCGCCAAUGGCGCACCAAGAAGGGGUCUGUGGAACUUCUCGGAUCAAUGGCAUUCUGCGCUCCCAAGCAGCUCUCCUCAGCACUUCCAACUGUCGUCCCACAACUGACCCUCGUUCUCACAGACUCGCACGCUCAAGUCCGGGCAGCGGGUAGUAAAAGCCUGAAGCAGUUCGGGGAGGUCAUCAGCAAUCCAGAAAUUCAUUCACUCGUACCGACUCUCCUCAAAGCGUUGGUUGAUCCAGAAAAGACACCAAAUGCCUUGAGUGCACUACUGAAGAAGUCGUUUGUUCAUUACAUCGACUCUGCAUCCCUCGCUAUCGUUAUUCCGAUCAUUGAACGCGGCCUACGUGAACGAGGCGCGGAUACAAAGCGAAAAGCGACGCAGAUCGUCGGCCAAAUGGCAGGCUUGACGGACUCCAAGGACUUCAUCCCAUAUCUAUCUCGUCUUCUGCCCCUGGUGCACACUGUACUCGUUGACCCAGUACCCGAGGCCCGAGCCACGGCAGCCAAAGCGCUUGGUACUCUCGUUGAGCGAUUGGGAGAAGGACAAUUCCCCGAUCUUGUUCAAGAUCUUCUCAAAACGCUCAGGAGUGACACGUCGGGUGUCGAUCGACAAGGUGCUGCUCAAGGGCUUAGUGAAGUGUUGUCGGGAUUGGGAAUGGAGAGACUUGAAGGCUUACUCCCCGACAUCAUUUCCAGCACUAGCAGCCCACGGUCGUACGUUCGUGAGGGAUUCAUGUCAUUACUGGUCUACUUGCCAGCUACAUUUGGCACCCGCUUCCAGCCUCAUCUCGCCAAGAUUAUCCCUCCAAUCCUACGGGGGUUGGCGGAUACAGAAGAAUACGUACGGGAGGCAUCGAUGAAAGCCGGGCGCAUGAUCGUUGUCAAUUAUUCCAGCAAGGCAGUCGACCUGCUCCUCCCAGAAUUGGAGCUAGGCAUCUUCGAUUCUGGCUGGCGUAUCAGGCAAUCGUCCAUUACGCUGAUCGGAGAACUCCUGUUCCGCUUAUCCGGUAUCAGUGGCAAAGCAGAGCUGGAAGAGGAGGAAGAAGAGGCAGAUGCCGUCGUCGCAGAGAGUUCCCGCAAAGUUCUCAUCGAUAUUCUUGGCAAAGAACGCCGUGACAGGGUGUUGGGCGCUCUUUAUCUUGUGCGGCAAGAUGCUGUUGCGGCGGUACGCUCGGCGUCCAUUCAUAUUUGGAAAGCUCUCGUCAGCAAUACGCCACGGACCGUGAGGGAGAUUCUCCCAACUUUGAUGAAUCAAAUCGUGGAUCUGCUCUCUAUGCCUCAUGGAGAUCAGCGAGAGACUGCUGCGAGGACGAUUGGUGAACUUUGCCGCAAGUUCGGUGAAAGGAUCUUGGGCGACAUGCUCCCGAUACUGCAGCGUGGCUCCAAAAGCUCUGACACUCGUAUUCGUGAAGGUGUCUGCUUGGCCAUGAGCGAGAUAAUAUCAAAUUCUACAGAUACGCAGCGAGAGGAUCACGAAGAUGAGAUUAUUGGAAUUGUGCGACGGUCACUCGUGGACAAUGCGAGCAACGUUCGUGCUGCUGCCGCUGUUGCCUUUGAUGUGCUGCAAGAUGUCAUGGGCGCGAAGGCCAUUGAUGAGACCAUUCCAACGCUCUUAGAAGCACUAAGACAACCGGGAGAGAGUUCAGGCACUGCCCUUCAAGCCCUCAAAGAAGUCAUGACUGUCCGAGCGUCCACUGUGUUCCCAGUUCUCAUACCGACUCUCAUUUCAACACCUAUGACCGCUUUCAACGCGCGAGCACUUGCUUCACUUGUUACAGUGGCGGGAAAUGCACUCUCCAAGCGACUCACAGUCAUUUUGACGGCUCUCAUUCGUGCAGUGGAACAUGAAAGCGAUGAUGAACUGAAGGAGAGUGUUCAAGAGGCUGUUAGCGCUCUUCUCGGAUCGAUUGGAGACAUGGAAGGCCUCCAGACCUUGAUGCUUCUACUCGCGGGAUGGGUGAAGAAUGAAUCGUGGAACCGCAGAGUGUCGGCACUGCAUUUCUUCGAGACCUUCUGUAAAGUGGCCACCAUUGAUUUCUCGCUAUAUCGGCCAGACUGGGUCCGUUACCUAGUGAGUCUGAUGGAUGACCGCCAAGAAGAGGUCCAUCGUGCUGCGGUUGCUGCCUUUGAGGCAUUCGUCAAGUCUAUCGAAAAGGACGAGCUUGACUCUGUCGUGGUGACAUUGCGUCGCACAAUCGAAAGCACUGGAGCUCCUGGAAGAACGGUUCCCGGAUUCAACCUCAAGGGCAGCGUCAGCUCUAUGGUCCCCAUUGUCAUUGCCGGGCUCACUGGUGGCAACAACGAGCAGCGAGAACAAGCUGCAUAUGCGAUUGGAGACUUGGUGGAGCGAACUGAGGAAAGCGCAUUCAAGCCAUAUGUCGUGCCAUUCACGGGCCCUCUCAUCCGUGUUGCGACUCAGGCGACCGCCUUUCCCCCAGGCGUCAAGGUGGCGAUUCUCAAGUCGUUGACAACAAUGCUCGAGCAUAUUCCUGCUCACGUCAAACCAUUCUUCCCUCAACUGUCGAGAACGUUUGUCAAAUCGUGUAGCGACCCAUCGUCUCUCGCAGUUCGCAAUGCUGCUGCAAAGGCUUUGGGAACGUUGACAAAGAGCAGUCAAAUACGAAUCGACGGUCUCGUAACAGAGCUCAUCACGACUGCUCAAGGGGCAGACGACGAUGCAAUUGCUGCUUCGAUGAUCCUGGCCCUAGCCUAUGUAGUUCGCCACGCAAUUGGCGUGAUGAACUCGGCUUCCAAAGAGGCAUGCCUGUCAGUGAUAGAAUCUGCUUUCCGUGAACGGCAUGACGAUCCCUAUCUUCAUGCAACCGCGACGUUGUUCACCAGUUUGGAGACGGAGCCAGAGUUGCUGCGACCCAUCGUACAGUCGAACAUUCUGCAGGGUACACCUCCAAGUAUCCUGUCGAGCCUCAUCAUCCUCCACGUUGUAGAAGAUGCACCAAAGCUAUUCUACACUAUGGAAUGCGUCCCUUCUGUCCUCAGGAAGAUUGUAGAGAGCAUUGGAGAGCCUGUCCCUGGUAUCUCGAGGCCGGCUCGAGAGGCGAAAGAAUUGACUCGGUCUACACCUCCGUAUUGUGACGACGAUAUCGUCCAUGCGACAUUUGGCUCAGAACUCAGCGAAAGAUCAGUUCCAUAUGAUCGUGUCGGCGCUGGACGAGCUCCCGUCCAAGUGGGCACAGUCUCGCAGGGGCUCAGAGCGUCCGGAGCCAUCUCUGCUCCCAUCACAAAUCCAACAUUGACACUGGAUGGAACAGAUCUCAACUUGCACACCAUGGCACGCGCAAGACACGAGCGAGAACAGACAUAUGGGCUACCAUCCACGAGCUCAAACGAAGAUUCCGCUCGGGAUUCCACUCAGGGCUCUGGUGGUAUCAAAAUGUUGAGAAAGAGGAGUGGUGGCGAGAGCAGUUUUGCUGCAAGUAGCUCGUCUGCUGCCCGGCGCCGGGGCGAUUCAGACGCGACGGGCCCUACGACUCCCUAUUCCGGUAGAGGAAAUUUGGCUGAUUUUGGCACUUAUCCAAUAUCCCCCACCUCGUCUUCGCGAUCCAGCAAUCUUCCCAGCAAUCGGAGCUUGGCCUCGGCCAGACCAGGAGAGCAAUCGUUUGGCCCAGAAGCGGGAACACCACGAUACGCGUCUUCGGUACUCUCCAAUGGCUCAGAAGCCGUCAGUAGCAUGACAUCUCAGCUACGCGAACACUUGCCUCAUUCGGUGCGAGAGUCGCUCAACCACCUACGUCAAUCUGGAGAAUUCCAGCUACAACGUCCCGAAUCCGCCGAGGAAAUUGAUGCCAUGUUCGAACGCGUCAAAUCAGAGCGGGAUAUCGGGGAUGCCGGAAACAUGACAAUGGACCAGAAAUGGGGAAUUGUUCACGCGCACGAGCACGAUAGAUGGCUACAACAGAAGAAGAGAGAUGCACAAAUGAAGCGCGGUGCAGCCACGGCGUCGGGACAACCCACCGUUUUUGCAAAGGAUACACCCGAGUGGUAUCUCAAGAAGUUUAUGGAUCAGACUAUUACGGCGAAGCACGUCGGAAGUCUGACCGUUUCAUUGCGAACUCUGCCCAUCGAUUGGAUGCAUCAUUUCAUCGAACUACAAGGCAACCAAGUGGUUGCAAGAGCACUUGGCACGAUUUCGAAAAAAGGCUCCCUACGACGAAAUGCAGACGUCGAACUAGAAUACGAACUACUCAAGUGCUUGAAGCUUCUACUCAACUACGAGAGCGGAGCAGAUGAUGCCGUAGCUCACCCUUCCACUAUUAACGCUAUUGCAUGCUCGUUGAGCACGAUGCAUAUUCCAUCAAGACGACUGGUUGCCGAGAUUCUGACAUUCCUAUGUUACUACAACAAUGGAGUGGCACAUGAGUCUGUACUCAAAGCGAUGGACGCUCUGAGUGCAGAAAACAACGAAACAGGACGGUACGACUUUUGGUUCCAGUCGCUACUUGCUACGUUGUCCGGAAGAGGAAAGAUGGGCAGUCUAGUCGGAGCGAGCCAAGACGUCAAGAAGCAUGGUGGCCACGAAGCUACGCUCACCGAGUAUGCACAAAGUAAUCUUAUCCUUAUCAAUGGAAUUCUUACUGUGGACGAUUUCGAGCUCCGGCUGCAUUACCGGUCUCAAAUGGAGGCGGCUGGUCUGCGCAAAAUCCUCGACGUAUGCCACCAAUUCCAACACGACUCGCUGGAGAAGCAGAUUGCCUCGUAUGAGAAACUUGCGGCUGCGGACCAGGAAGUGUUGUUACAAAACUUUGAUCAAGAGGUUUUGCGCGAUCUUUCGGAUCCGUACGACGUCUAUCGUGCGAUCAUGUCGUCUGUCGAAGGAACGCCGGCAUAUCCCUACUUCCUAUCGUCACUACAGCAUCUCUUGCUUAUUCGAGCCGAGGCGGAUACCAAGACGCGAUACUAUCAACUAAUCGACGAAUUGGUCACUUCGAUAGUGCUGGACAAGAAGCAAGAUUUUUCUGGUGGCCUUUCGUCUGUCGUUGGAGUGUCCGUAGCACGUCUCGUCGCACAAUUUGGAGAGCAAGAGCGCUCGCGAAUAGCUGAAGAGGAAGCGAGCAAUGCCCGUCGAGAAGCCAACGAGCUUCGUCUUCAGAAAGAAAAGCUCGAGGAAGAGAUCGCGGCUGGAGGGGAUGGGCUCGUUGGAAUGUUAAAGGAAAAACUUUCGACGGCGGAAGAGAAGCUCCGAGUUUCGAGAAUGACCACCGACUCGUUGCAGGCACGACUCGCGGAACAGAAGCGUGGAUAUGAAGAGCAGAUUGCCCAACUCGAGCUUCAAAUCUUUGAACUAUUCCGUAUGAUUCGGGAAGGUGGCAUCAGUUCGCGAACGACUGGAACGGACGGGGCCGUUCUUGACCGAAACGAGCUCAUUACUACGUUGGAGAAACAAAUGGAACGAAGAAAGACUAUCGGCAUCCUCGAAGGCCGGCACCGUAAAAAGGGCGGGGUUGGUCGAGGGGAUGCCAUCGCCGAGGAAGAGGAAGAGGAUGACACUGGAGGGGAUAUGACUUUGCGAUCUGUCCCACCUAUUCCUGGCGACCUUUCGAGGAGGGCGGUUACCAGUAGUAAAAAUCGGCGAUUGAAGGGUCCUGCUAAUGCACCGUUGGAACGGAGUUCACAAUUUAUGGACGCCGAAGACGAACGGGAGCGCCAGCACAUGGAGGAAAACCUGGCUAAAGGCACAGAUAUGGUGUAUCCUCACAACUCGAUGCAAAUGGCGAAAAGUGCCAGGAAUUCACCCGUGCGUCCUGGUCCAAGCAAGCUCCCUGGUGGCUCUUCUGCCAGAUUUUUGGAGGAUCUCAAGGCCAAAAUGGCUGCUGGAGCUGGUGGCGCUCCAACAGGGGUCAAUGGUGUGGGUGGUCGAACCGCAACUACCGAGUCCAUUUCCGAAGAGUCCAACACACUCGAGAGCAGCGAGUACGAUAUGGUCAGGGGUAGUGUCUUUACAGAUGAUACUCCACCGUCGAGCAUUAAUGGUGUGGACGCCACACGUACAAUGACCGGAAGUAUGGUCGAGGACACGGACACUGGUGCCAACUCGGGUGGUAUGGUCAAUGCACUUGCCAACAAACUCGCACAACUUCGUAAACCCAUCGAUCUCAGCUCGCCACCCAAUGGGACUGCUCCUCUCCCUUCGACGACCGGCACGAACGGUCCCUCUGCAACAGCGACGGCGGGGGCCGCCAACGGCGCUCCUGCUCCCCUCCGCCUCCGCCACCACCUCCACCACCUCCAAUGA